UGAACUCUGAGGGUUGGUCUGCAACCCGAUAAAAUAAAAGGUGUCGCGUUCGACGCGUCGCGAAAAAAAAUAAUUAAAUAAUUUUUGUGGAUCAUGCUGAAUCCUGUGAAACCCGAACCUGUUUCUUUUUACACGCUCAAAGCAACAUGGAUAAUACUGAAUUAGCAAGGAGUAUUCGAGAAUUCAAAGAAAAGGAAUUAUACCUAUACAAAUUACAAAAGAAAUACAAUGACCAAAUGGGUCUGUCAAUAGGUGGAGCAUCAUCCAAUACCCAACGACACACGAUCAAUCUUCCACUUCACCCUACUUCAUUACAAAAGGAACUCGACGAUUACAAAGACUAUGCCGAAAAGCUUGAAGGAGUAUUGCUAGAGCGAGAAACAAAAGAAAAGUUUCUAAGACUGGUAUUGAAUCAAGAUGCACCACACCAAGUGACACAAAGUGAAUUCGAAGUUGCAGACAAACGGGCAUCUGAACUGGAGCAUCGAAUCCAGAGUAGUCAAAAUGAAAUCGAUGGACUCAAAAGCACCCUGCAGCAAAGAGCUACUCGAGUAGAAGAAUUACAUGUGUCAAUAUCAUUAAAGGCAGAUGCACUGAGUCGAGUCAUUGAGGAGAUCAAAGAGAAUAGUGAAGCUCUACAACAAGUCGAAGCACAGUUGGCUCAACAAACAGGUGUUCCUCUCGAAGAAGCAAUGCAAGUUGAAGAGCAGCUGACCAAUGAUAUUAUUGAAAUCAACACGGAUAUUGAUGAUCGACGAGAUCGCAUGGCCCAAAUGAACAGAGAAGCAGCAGAGAAGCAGCGUGCGGUGGAUGAAUUGGAGAAACGGCUCGAGGAUUUAAAACAAGAAGCCUCUGGACGUCAACUGUAUGACGAGGAACACAACCGGAAAAUUGAGGAAACAACACAUUGGUAUCAGACCGUGUUACAGGAGCAACAUGAUAUGGUUGGCAUUGAUGAUUUUGUGACAACGCCCAAUGGAUUGAUUGUCCAUUUUGCCAACGAUCACAAAGACGAGUUGCUUAUCGAAAUAAAAAAUCACAAGUUUGAGAACGCAUCGGUAACAAGUCAGGAUUGUCAGAUAGAAGACCUGGUUCAAGUAGCAAAGAGCCAUCACGAUCUGGAUGACAGUAUCACAACCAUUGUUUAUGGAACGCUAGCCAGACUGAAAAAUAUUGCGUAACAUGUGACAAAAUAAAUAAAGUUGGUUGGGUUGUUGUAG